AGCGAGGCAGAAGUGAAUCCCAAAGCUUACCCGCUGGCUGAUGCACAGCUCACCAAAACGCUACUGGAUCUUGUGCAGCAAUCCUGCAACUAUAAGCAGCUACGCAAGGGGGCCAAUGAAGCCACCAAAACACUGAACCGAGGGAUAGCAGAGUUCAUUGUGAUGGCAGCAGAUGCAGAGCCCUUGGAGAUCAUCCUGCACCUGCCUCUUCUCUGCGAGGACAAGAACGUACCUUACGUGUUUGUGCGCUCCAAGCAAGCCCUGGGCCGGGCGUGCGGCGUUUCCCGGCCCGUUAUUGCCUGCUCCAUCACCAUCAAGGAGGGAUCACAGUUAAAGCCUCAGAUCCAGUCUGUCCAGCAAGCUAUAGAAAGACUGUUGGUCUAA